CUUCCUACCUGUCCUAAACCCUCUUUUCAAUUUCCACCGCUUUGCUGAAGCGGAUGCAUUUCCGCCAUUUCCAUCAAAUCCCGUCUAAACCCUAGCCCGCAAACCAUGAAAUUCGGCGCUCUCCCCUCUAAGACACUCCUUCUCCGCCUCUCCUCUUCGCCCCUCACCGCCUCGCCGCUUCGGACGAUCUCCGUCGUCGUCGCCGGUUUCUCUACAUCGUCGUCGUCUUCCACUGGUGCGGGUUUUGGGUCCGUUUAUCCUCCUUCGAGACGUCCUCACCACGAUGAUGAGUCUCGGAAUAUUAGGGUUUCGGUUUGGUGGGACUUCGAGAACUGUAACUUGCCGGCAGGUGCGAAUGUGUUCAAGUUGGCCCAAUCCAUCACCACUGCGGUCAGAAGCAGCGGGAUCAAAGGUACCAUCACGAUCACCGCCUUCGGCGAUCUCAUGCAGCUCUCCAGGACGAACCAGGAGGCUCUCUCCGCCACGGGAAUCACUCUUACUCACGUCCCUCAAGGUGGGAAGAACAGUGCUGACAGAUCUUUGAUUAUAGAUCUUUUGUGGUGGGUUUCUCAGAAUCCACCUCCUGUUCAUCUCUUUCUUAUAUCCGGAGACAGAGAUUUCGCGAGUAUAUUACACAAAUUGAGGAUGAACAACUAUAACAUAUUGCUUGCGAGCAGGGACUCUGCCCCUGGUGUUCUCUGCAGUGCUGCGACAAUUGUUUGGGACUGGAAUUCAUUGGCUAAAGGAGAGAAUGUGACCGCUAAGCACUUUAACCAGCCGCCCGAUGGCCCGUAUCAUUCUUGGUAUGGUCAUUACAAGGUUCCUCUUCUCGAUCCGUUUGCUGCCACUGAACAAUCAGGUUGUGCGAAAACUGAAGAAUUACCCGGGUCUAAUUCUAAUUUGGGUUGUACAGCCCGCCCAAUCCCAAAAGAAGUUAUGAAGCAGAUUAGUAUGAUUCUGAGUUCAUACCCUAAGGGGACAUCGAUUGGAGACCUGCGCGCAGAGCUCAUCAAGAACAAGGUACCGUUGGAUAUGGACUUGUAUGGGUACAAGAAAUUUUCCCGGUUUUUAUUGUCCAUGCCACACAUCUUAAAAGUUUAUCCGCUAGGUGAUGGCCAGUAUAUUGUCCGUGGGAUAAGGCGGAAAACUCCUAUGCAGUUUGGUUCUAGAACUGACCUGUCUGCUGCCUCUGAUCAGAAAGUUGCAGAGAAAGAAGCUGAUAAUGCUGUGUCACCAAAACUUAAUAGUGAUGCAGAAGUUGCUAAUCUGGCUGUAGGAGCUAGAAGAGAUGAUACAUUAGGAAAGACGCAGAACAGUACAGAGAGAGACAAGAAUGUCAAAGAGGAAGCACAAGAACUAGAAAAGAGUUCCCUUGAGCCAGUUUCAGUUAGCAAGCAAGGUGUUAAGGUGAUGGAUGGGCACAUGACAAAGAAUCAUAUGGCCCCUGUGGUUGGGGAUUCCAGGGAAGGUAGAUAUGUUCAGAGGUUAAAGAGACUGUGGUUUGGUUCAUCUGAGUCGGAAUCAUCGCAUCCUUUAGAUAAUAAACAUGUUUCUGUAAAUUGGCUCGAGGGAAAAGGGUUUAUUGAUAAGGAACUAAAAUCGUCCACUCAUGAAUCUAGAAGAGAUGAUGCAUUAGGAAAGACGCAACAGAACAAUACAGAGAGAGACAAGAAUGUCAAAGAGGAAGCACAAGAGCUAGAAAAGAGUUCCCUUGAGCCAGUUUCAGUUAGCAAGCAAGGUCUUAAGGUGAUGGAUGGACACACAAGGAAGGAUCAUAUGGCUCCUGCGGUCGGGGAUUCCAAGGAAGGUGGAUAUAUUCAAAGAUUAAAGAGACUAUGGUUUGGUUCGUCUGAGUCGGAAUCAUCACAUCCUAUAGAUAAUAAACAUGUUUCUGCAAAUGGGCUCGAGGGAAAAGGGGUUAUUGAUAAGGAACCAAAACCGUCCACUCAGGAAUCUGAUCCUAUGACUCAAAGUUCACCCUCCACCUCUUUUGAAUCUACCGAGGAGGGGAAAGCAAGUGCAUUAGCAGGAAAUGAGAAAUCCAUGAGUCCAGGUUUAUUUAUCCGAAUUCGGAAGUGGUUAAAGUCCUGGGGAGGGAAUACAACCGCCACAGAGCUUAACCAUGAAGCAAGAGGAACUCAAGAGCUAGUGGAUGCCAAGUCUCAAGCCAGCAGCAUUUUUGCGAAAGAUUCUUUCUGGAGUGAUAUGGAAUCCUUCAUCAAUUCCCCAAGAGGAUUCACCAUUGUUACUCAUUCAAGGACAAGGGAAUCAAUGGCUAGGCAUCUGCAGAAGGAAGGACCUUCAUAUCUCAAACUUCUCAGAGAACCCGAUAUGUUUCAUUUAGUUGAUCUGCUAAUAUCAGAGAAGAAAUGGAUCGAACAGAACCCCUCACUCUCCUUACCUUUCAGAGUUACCCGGGUCACCGAGAAAGAUUCUAGCCUUAGCCAUGCUAAUGUUGCAAAUGGGUUGAGAUCGAUAUUCAUGGAUUCUUCGAAAUCCAAGAACGUCGCUCAUGCUGGGGUUUCUGUUGCAACAACUGCGGACCAGAAACUGCCUGAAAGAUCCAGAAGUGAUGUAUUAUCGGAUUGUCAGAAGUUGGUGAAGAAGACAAUACAGGAAAACCCCGGAGGCUAUAACAUUGGCUGCUUCAGAAAAGACUUCCUGGAGGAAUUCGGGUACCAUUUAGACGUUCAGAGUCUUGGUUACCAGAAACUGCAGUCUCUGAUCGAAAUAACGUGCGGAGCAAGAAUCGAAUCAGGAUUCAUCGUUCCUCUAACCACUGCACGUAAUGCCAGAGUAUCGGGGAAAUGUAGGGAAGAUGAUGACUCGGAUUCAGGAUUUGAUGAGCUUGGCCCAGUUUCAGGUGCUGCAGAUAAAGAGGCCACAGCCAGAAAGCUGCCUGAGUACGAGCCUUGUCUUUCGGAAGACGAGGAUUCUGAUUUAGAGACAGAAGCUCCUGCCCUGAGAGAGAGAGACAGGGAGAAGAAGCAAGGCAUGGGUGGAGAAGAGAGAGAUAGUUCUUUAAUCCAAAUCCUGGAUUCAUGGUACAGCAGCAAAGAAAGCGAUGGUGAUAAACAGGAAAAGCCCGGAGAAGACGCGGAGAAGACGAAGGUUGUCCGAUUUCAUGGCGGAAGCAAUGGUAAGAAGCAGAAGCCUCCAAAGGCGUAUACUUUUGUUGCAGAUUCCGACGGACAAAUAGCGACAAAGGAAAGCUAAUAAGAUGGAAUAUGAGGAUUCAUCAUUCAUGGAUUGAUUUUUUUGUAGUUAGUUUAUGCUUCUCCAGCUGAUUUGUUGAAGCUGAUAUGGGUUUAGUCUAUUGUUAAACCGGGCAGGCGGUCUGGUCCGGUUUAUUGGUAACAUUUUUAUUUUCUACUCUCUUUUCACGUCUUUGUGUAAAAGCCAUGUAGGUGCCCAUGAUCAUAUAAGAAGGUAUCUAUUAA